AUGUGUGGAAAAAGAAAAGGCGGCGAGGUGAAGAGAAAGAAGGGGUCUGUUCUAUCGAUUUUCAUGCAAGCAGACGGUGUGGAUAUGUUGUUGAUGGUUCUGGGAUUCAUCGGAGCCGUUUGCGAUGGCUUCACUACUCCUGUACUGGUGUUUGUAAUGGGUAAAUUGAUGAACAGUUUUGGCUCUGUGUCAACUGAUAAUCUAAAGUCGUUCACUCAUGACAUUAACAAGAAUGCAGUGAUUAUGUUGUACAUAUCUGGUGCCAGAUGGUUUGUUUGUUUUCUAGAGGCAUAUUGUUGGACAAGAACGGGAGAAAGGCAAGCCACAAGAAUGAGAGCUAAAUAUUUGAAAGCAGUGUUAAGGCAGGAUGUGGAAUACUUUGAUUUGCAUGUCACCAGCACAGCAGAGGUUAUCACAAGCGUCGCUAAUGAUAGUCUUGUGAUUCAAGAUGUUAUCAGCGAAAAGCUUCCGAACUUUCUGGUGAAUGUUGCCACAUUUAUCGGGAGCUAUGUGGUAGGAUUCUUGAUACUAUGGAGGCUAACCAUUGUUAUAUUUCCCACUGUUCUGCUUCUGGUAAUUCCUGGAAUGAUUUGUGGAAGGGCUGUGAUGAAUUUAGCAAGGAAAAUGGCAGAAGAGUACAACAAGGCUGGAACAAUUGCAGAACAGGCAAUCUCUUCUAUAAGAACUGUUUAUUCAUUUGUUGGUGAAACCAAAACCAUCAACGAGUUCUCUUCGGCCCUUGAAGGCUUAGUCAAUUUGGGGGUAAAGCAAGGAUUGGCUAAAGGAUGGGCUAUUGGAAGCAGCAAUAUUAAUUAUGCUAUUUGGUCUUUCAUAGCUUAUUAUGGUAGUAGAAUGGUCAUGUACCAUGGUGCUCAAGGAGGAAACGUGUAUGCCGUUGGCACUGCCAUUGCUCUUGGUGGCCAGGCGUUAGGAACUGGAUUAUCAAACCUGAAGUCCAUAUCAGAAGCACUAUCAGCAGGAGAGCGUAUAAUGGAGGUUAUAAAAAGAAUUCCCAAGAUUGAUUCGUACAACAUGGAAGGUCAAAUUCUGGGUUCCGUUUCAGGCGAAGUUGAGUUUAGACAUGUAGAAUUUGCAUACCCAUCAAGGCCAGAAAGCAUAAUCUUCAAAGACUUAUGCCUAAAAAUUCCAGCUGGAAAGACAGUGGCCUUAGUGGGUGGUAGUGGCUCAGGAAAAUCCACAGUAAUUUCACUUUUACAGAGGUUUUAUGACCCACUUGGAGGUGAUAUUCUUCUUGAUGGAGUUGCUACUGAUAAAUUACAACUGAAGUGGCUGAGAUCACAAAUGGGUCUUGUGAGCCAAGAGCCUGUACUAUUUGCCACCACAAUUAAAGAAAACAUCCUUUUCGGCAAGGAAGAUGCCACAAUGGAAGAGAUUGUUGAAGCAGCGAAAGCUUCUAAUGUUCAUCGUUUUAUCUCUCAGUUACCUCAGCAGUAUGAUACCCAGGUGGGGGAGAGAGGAGUUCAAAUGUCAGGGGGGCAAAAACAAAGAAUUGCCAUUGCACGAGCUGUAAUCAAAGCACCCAGAAUUCUUCUCUUGGAUGAGGCAACAAGCGCCCUCGACUCUGAAUCUGAGCGUGUGGUGCAGGAAGCCUUAGACAACGCCGCUGUUGGACGCACCACUAUCAUCAUCGCUCACCGUCUCUCAACCAUCCGCUACGCCGAUGUGAUUGCCGUCAUCCAAAAUGACCAUGUCAUGGAAACAGGUUCCCACGACGAGCUUAUCCAAGAUGAAAAUAGUCAUUAUACUUCACUUAUUCAUCUUCAACAAACUGAAAAAGAACAAACAACAACCCCAGACGAGACGAUGUUGACAAACCUCACUUCUUCAUCGAUGAGUGACCCAUCUUUCAGAUCAAGCUUGGAUGUAAACCCAAGAAGAGGUGAUGAUGAUGAUGAAGAUGAUGAUCGAAGAAAUAGUAAUAUAGAAGAUUACAAGAAAAAGUUGCCUGCGCCAUCGUUUAGAAGAUUGUUAGCUUUGAAUCUACCUGAGUGGAAGCAAGCAAGCUUAGGGUGUUUAAGUGCAAUCUUGUACGGUGCUGUGCAACCUGUUUAUUCCUUAAUCAUAGGGUCUAUGGUAAAUGUUUUUUUCUUGAAAGAUCACAAUGAGAUUAAAGAGAAGACGAAGUUCUAUGCUUUGUGUUUGAUUGGGUUAGCAUUGUUCUCUUUACUGGUUAAUUUAAGCCAACAUUACAAUUUCGCGUACAAGGGAGAGUGCUUAACCAAGAGGAUCAGAGAGAGGAUGCUUUCAAAGAUGCUCACUUUUGAAGUUGGAUGGUUUGAUCAAGAUGAAAACUCAAGUGGUGCUAUUUGCUCCCGACUAGCAAAAGAUGCAAAUGUGGGGAGAUCUUUAGUGGGUGAUCGUAUGUCUCUCCUUGUACAAACUGUAUCGGCUGUAUCCAUAGCUUUCGCUUUGGGAUUAGUCAUUGCAUGGAGGCUUGCUUUAGUUAUGAUAGCAGUCCAGCCGCUUUUGAUAGUAUGCUUUUAUAGUAAGAAAGCUCUACUAAAAAAUAUGUCAAACAAGGCCAUAAAAGCACAAGAAGAAAGUAGCAAGCUUGCUGCGGAAGCUGUUACCAACUUGAGAACCAUCACAGCAUUCUCCUCCCAAGACAGAAUCCUGAAAAUGCUAGAAAAAGCUCAGGAAGGUCCACGAAGAGAGAGUGUCAGACAAUCAUGGUAUGCAGGAAUCGGCCUUUCCUUCUCCCAAAGCUUAACAUCUUGUACUUUGGCUUUGGAUUUUUGGUAUGGUGGCAAGCUUUUGACAGAGGGCUUCAUCACUUCCCAGGGCUUUUUGGUGACCUUUUUGAUCCUAGUGAGCACAGGCUAUCUCAUAGCUACUGCUGGUAGCAUGACCACAGAUCUUGUUAGAGGCUCAGAUGCUGUAAGGUUAGUCUUUUCUGUAUUAGAUCGGUAUACAAGAAUUAAGCCUGACGAUUCUGAGAGCUACCAACCUGAAAAUAUAACAGGUUAUAUAGAACUUCAAGAUGUACAUUUUGCAUAUCCCACUAGACCUGAUGUGAUAAUUUUCAAAGGCUUUUCUAUCAACAUUGAAGCUGGAAAAUCAAUCGCAUUGGUCGGACAAAGUGGAUCUGGAAAAUCAACGAUUAUCAGUUUAAUCGAACGAUUUUACGAUCCUCUAAAAGGUGUGGUCAAAAUUGAUGGUCAAGAUAUUAGAUCAUACAACCUUAAGUCAUUGAGAAGGCAUAUUGCACUUGUUAGUCAAGAGCCUACUUUGUUUUCUGGUACUAUCAGAGAAAACAUUAUAUAUGGUGUACAUAACGACAUUGAUGAAUCACAGAUCAUUGAGGCAGCUAAAGCAGCCAAUGCUCAUACUUUCAUAGCAGGAUUGAAUCACGGAUAUGAUACCUGGUGUGGGGAAAGGGGGGUACAAUUAUCAGGAGGCCAAAAACAACGUAUUGCGCUAGCUCGAGCUAUAUUGAAAAAUGCUACAGUAUUGCUAUUAGAUGAGGCAACCAGCGCUCUUGACAGUCAAUCUGAGAAACUAGUGCAAGAGGCCCUUGAACACAUGAUGAUUGGAAGAACUAGUGUGGUGGUAGCACAUAGAUUAAGUACCAUACAAAAUUGUGAUCUCAUCACUGUGUUAGAUAAGGGACAAGUGGUCGAGAAUGGAAACCACCAGUCCUUAUUGGCCAAAGGUCCCACGGGAGCUUAUUACACAUUAGUUAGCCUCCAAAGGACACCGAAUAGCUGUUCUGCAGCGUCGCAAGUGUAG